AACAAUCAUGGCCUCCAAGACCUCCUUCUUGAUCCUUGGACUCCUCUGCCUGGCUAGAGCCAAUCCCCUGUGCCCUGGAUCCACGGCGGUAUAUGAAACUCCUGCAGCCACCACCGUCUGCGAAACUACGCCAAGCAUCGGCGUUGGAGGUCUGGGAGGUCUGGGCGGCCUCGGCGGCCUCGGUGGUCUAUGGGGAUCUUGUGGACGUGGACGCGGCUUUGGUCUUGGAGCUACAACUGUUUGUGAAUCGACACCGAAUCUUGGUUUAGGUUAUGGAGGCUUGGGUGGAGUUGGCAGUACAACCGUCUGUGAGACCACCACACCUAGUAUUGGAAUAGGAGUAGGGCCUAUAGGUGUUGGCAUGGGUGGUACUACAAUAUGUGAAACUACACCGAGUAUGAGCUUUGGGUACGGGUAUAAUCCGUACGGUAUAAGUGGUGUCGGUUUAGGAGGCAUUGGGGGCACUACGAUAUGUGAGACUGUACCUAACAUAGGCAUAGGCUCCGUAGGGAUUGGUGGUACAACGGUUUGUGAGACUACACCUAAUCUAGGAUUUGGAGUAGGUUUUGGGGGUAUGGGCAUAGGUGGGCUUGGUGGUACUACCCGCUGUGAAACCAUUCCGAACGUAGGCUUAGGAAUGGGCUACGGUAUGGGUGGUCUAGGUAUGGGUGGGAUUGGUGGCACCACAGUCUGUGAAACCAUCCCGAACGUAGGCUUUGCAAUGGGCUACGGUGGUCUAGGUAUGGGUGGUCUUGGAGGGUCUACAGUCUGCGAAACUAUUCCGACUGUAUCUUACGGUUGUAAUGCAGGUUUAGGUUACCCGUAUGCCUUGGGUGGUAUGCGCCCUGGUUAUGGAUCUUUCGGUUACGGAGGCCUGGGUGGUUUAGAGGUUAUUGUGACGGCCACCUAG